AUGUGGAAAACAAAAGCGGAGGAGGCAUCAGAUUCGAAGAUUGUUCUCUUCUUCUUCAUGUAUGUACAAAGAUUGUUCUCUUCUUCUCCAUCUGUUUUUGGAAUGACGACCUCUCCUCUUAACCUAAAGGGGGUUCUUGCUAUGUGGUCAUUACAUGAGCAAAUUAAGCAAAUGGAAGUUGCAGUUGAGCAUGCUGCACAAUCAAGUUCAAGAAGAAGCAACUGGCAGUUUAUGGGGGCAAGAGAUGCUGGUGCUAAAGAAGAGCUUAACCAUGUGUAUUGUGUGUCUGAAAGAACAGAAGGCAAUCCUUCGCUAGGUGUAUUGUGCUAA